AUGGUAUCAUGGAAAACUUGACAGAACAAUCGCAGAAGAACGACUUCAGCAAGCAGGAAAACCUGGUAGUUACCUCAUUCGAGAGAGUGAUCGGAGACCAGGCUCGUUUGUACUUUCCUUCCUUAGUAAGGCAAAUGUCAAUCAUUUUAGGAUUAUUGCCAUGUGUGGAGACUAUUACAUUGGUGGGCGUCGUUUUGCUUCGCUCUCAGACCUUAUUGGUUAUUACAGCCAUGUGUCUUGUUUGCUCAAGGGGGAAAAAUUACUCUUUCCAGUAGCACCUCCAGAGCCUGUGGAGGACAGAAGGAGAGUUCGAGCAAUUCUACCUUACACCAAAGUGCCAGAAACUGAUGAAAUAAGUUUCCUUAAAGGAGACAUGUUUAUUGUCCACAAUGAGUUGGAAGAUGGCUGGAUAUGGGUUACAAACCUACGGACAGAUGAACAAGGUCUUAUUGUAGAAGACCUGGUAGAAGAAGUGGGAAGAGAAGAAGAUCCACAUGAAGGCAAAAUAUGGUUCCAUGGGAAGAUCUCCAAACAAGAGGCUUACAAUUUGCUGAUGACAGUUGGCCAAGUAUGCAGUUUUCUUGUGAGGCCUUCAGAUAAUACACCUGGUGAUUAUUCACUUUAUUUUCGGACUAGUGAAAAUAUUCAGCGUUUUAAAAUAUGUCCAACAUCAAACAAUCAGUUUAUGAUGGGAGGCAGAUAUUAUAAUAGUAUUGCUGACAUCAUUGAACACUAUAGAAAAGAACAGAUUGUUGAAGGAUAUUACCUUAAAGAUCCUGUUUCAAUGCAGCAUCAAGAACAAGUGUUUAAUGAUACAGUGGAUGGAAGAGAAAUCUACAAUACAAUUCGUCGCAAAACAAAGGAUGCAUUUUAUAAAAAUAUUGUCAAAAAAGGUUAUCUUCUAAAGAAAAGUGAGUUCUGUUUAGACUGGAUGAAAGCUCUGCAGAUGUUCUGCAGUUUAAGAAAAAACAGUCCAGGGACAUCAAAUAAGCGUCUACGUCAGGUCAGCAGUCUUAUUUUGCAUGUAGAAGAAGCUCAUACGCUCCCUGUAAAGCAUUUUACUAAUCCGUAUUGUAACAUCUACCUGAACAGUGUCCAGGUAGCAAAAACACAUAUCAGGGAAGGGCAGAACCCUGUGUGGUCAGAAGAAUUUGUCUUUGAUGAUCUUUCAUCUGAUAUUAAUAGAUUUGAGAUAAGUCUAAGUAACAAAACAAAGAAAAGUAAAGAUUCAGAUAUAUUGUUUAUGCGAUGCCAGCUGAGUCGAUUACAGAAAGGACAUGCGACAGAUGAGUGGUUCCAGCUCAGUUCCCAUGUGCCAUUAAAGGGUAUCGAGGCAGGAUCUUUGCGUGUUCGAGCACGAUAUUCUAUGGAGAGGAUCAUGCCAGAAGAGGAGUACAGUGAGUUUAAAGAGCUUGUACUCCAAAAAGAGCUACAUGUAGUCUAUGCCUUAUCACAUGUUUGUGGACAGGACAGAACACUGUUGGCAGGCAUUUUAUUGAAGAUUUUUCUUCAUGAAAAACUUGAGUCAUUGUUGCUACGAACACUAAAUGACAGGGAAAUAAGCAUGGAAGAUGAAGCUACUACCUUGUUUCGUGCCACCACUUUAGCCAGUACGCUUAUGGAGCAGUAUAUGAAAGCCACAGCGACACGUUUUGUUCACCAUGCACUGAAAGACUCUAUAUUGAAGAUAAUGGAGAGCAAGCAGUCCUGUGAGUUAAAUCCCUCCAAGUUGGAAAAAAAUGAAGAUGUAAACGCUAAUUUGGCCCAUCUACUCAGUAUACUGUCAGAAUUGGUGGAGAAAAUAUUCAUGGCUGCAGAGAUACUGCCUUCAACGUUGAGGUAUAUUUAUGGGUGCUUGCAGAAGUCUGUUCAAAACAAGUGGCCUGCCAACACCACCAUGAGAACCAGAGUUGUUAGUGGGCCAGAACUGUUGCCUCAUCAGCCCAGAAAUCAUAGGUCCUGAGGAAAUGAG